AUGUCGGGCAGCUCAAGUGCAAGCGAGCCCACGCGGGUCUCGAUUCUGGGCAAGGAAUCCAUCAUCAUUGACUACGGACUCUGGAAGAACUUCGUUGUGCCCGACCUGCUGGAGAACGUAUCUUCGGGCACCUAUAUCCUCAUCACUGAUACCAACAUUGGCGCCCUCUACACACCCACCUUCGAGGCCGCCUUCAACGAACACACGUCCAAGCUCGAAAAUGCGCCGCGACUUCUCACCUACCAGGUUGCGCCUGGCGAGAGCUCCAAGAGCAGGUCGACCAAGGCCGCCGUCGAAGAUUGGAUGCUUUCGCAAGGCGUCACCAGAGACAGCGUUGUAAUCGCGCUGGGCGGAGGUGUCAUUGGAGACAUGAUUGGCUUCGUCGCCGCUACAUACAUGCGUGGAGUGCGCUUCGUCCAGGUCCCCACCACACUCCUGGCUAUGGUCGACUCUUCCAUCGGUGGCAAGACAGCCAUCGACACCCCUCUGGGCAAGAACCUGGUUGGUGCCUUCUGGCAACCCCAGCGCAUUUAUAUUGAUCUCCAGUUCCUCGAGACUCUGCCCAAGAGGGAGGUCAUCAACGGUAUGGCCGAAGUUGUCAAGACGGCCGCUUUCUGGGAUGAGGCUGAGUUCGCUACCCUGGAAGAGAACGCCGAUUUGAUCAUGAAGGUUCUGGAUGACAAGACCAAGAAGGGCGAGGGCAGAUUCACAGAGAUUGCCCAUAUUCUCAAGCGCAUUGUCCUCGGCUCUGCUCGCAUCAAGGCCGAGGUCGUUUCUGCUGAUGAAAGAGAAGGCGGCUUGCGCAACAUCCUCAACUUUGGUCAUUCGAUUGGUCACGCCAUUGAGGCCAUCUUGACUCCUCAGAUCCUGCACGGCGAAUGUGUCGCAAUCGGAAUGGUCAAGGAAGCUGAGCUGGCCCGCCACCUCGGUGUUCUGGCUCCUGGUGCUGUUGCCCGUCUGUCCAAGUGCAUCUCAAGUUACGGCUUGCCUACAUCACUGGAAGACAAGGUUGUCCGCAGGAGGACGGCUAACAAGCACUGUCCAGUCGACCGCUUGAUUUCCAUCAUGGCCGUUGACAAGAAGAAUGCAGGGGGCCAAAAGAAGAUUGUCUUGCUUUCGGCUAUUGGCAAGACCUACGAGCCAAAGGCAAGCACUGUAGCUGACAAGGACAUUCGCAUAAUCCUGUCUCCUAGCGUGCUCGUCCACCCUGGUGUCGACAGCUCUCUCAACAUCUCCUGCAAGCCUCCAGGCUCAAAGAGUAUCUCCAAUCGCGUACUGCUUCUCGCUGCUCUCGGCUCUGGUCCUUGUCGCAUCACCAACUUGCUACACUCUGAUGACACCCAGGUCAUGCUUACAGCUAUCAACAAGCUUGGAGGAGCAACUUAUUCCUGGGAAGAUGAAGGCCGCGUCCUUGUCCUUACCGGAAACGGUGGUGAGCUGAAGGCUAGCGCUGACGAACUCUACUUGGGUAACGCCGGCACUGCUUCUCGCUUCUUGACCACUGCUGUCUCCCUUGCUAGGCCAUCUUCUGUCAACCACACUGUUCUUACUGGCAACGCUCGUAUGCAGGAAAGACCUCAAGGUCCCCUCGUUGAUGCUCUUCGCUCCAAUGGUGUCGAGAUCGAGUACAUUGGUAAGCCUGGAAGCCGCAGUCUUCCCCUUCGCAUCGCUGCCGCUGGUGGUUUUGAGGGUGGUGUCAUCGAGCUUACUGCCAAGGUGUCUUCGCAAUAUGUUUCAUCCAUCCUGAUGUGCGCCCCUUACGCCAAGAACCCUGUGACUCUUCGUCUUGUUGGCGACAAGGUCAUCUCGCAACCAUACAUUGACAUGACCAUCGCUAUGAUGGCUCAAUUUGGUGUUGAGGUCGAGAGAUCUAGCACUGAGGCCAAUGUGUAUCACGUUCCUCGCAAGGCAUACACCAACCCUGCUGAAUACGAGGUCGAGAGUGAUGCCAGUUCUGCUACUUAUCCUCUUGCCAUGGCUGCCAUCUCAGGCACUACCUGCACAGUCCCCAACAUCGGCUCCAGCUCUCUUCAAGGAGACGCCCGCUUUGCUGUUGAGGUGCUACGACCAAUGGGUUGCAAGGUCGAACAGUCUGCGACUUCUACCACAGUCACCGGUCCUCCUGUCGGCGAAUUGAAGCCGUUGCCUGAAGUCGACAUGGAAACCAUGACUGACGCUUUCCUUACUGCUUCCGUCCUCGCUGCUGUUGCUAAACCUAAUGCGAACGGCGCUACUACCCGUAUCUUGGGUAUCGCCAACCAGCGUGUCAAGGAGUGUAAUCGUAUCAAGGCGAUGAAGGAUGAGCUUGCCAAAUUUGGUGUUACAUGCAGAGAGCUUGACGAUGGUAUCGAGAUUGAUGGCCGCGGUUUUGAUCUACAAGAGGCACAGGGUGGUGUCCACUGUUACGAUGACCACAGAGUCGCCAUGAGUUUCUCUGUCCUUUCUACCAUGGCUCCCAAGCCCACCCUUGUCUUGGAAAGGGAGUGCGUUGGCAAGACUUGGCCUGGAUGGUGGGACCAAUUGUCUCUGCUUUUCAAGGUCAAGUUGGAAGGUGUUGAACCCAAAUCUCCUUCUGUUGGCCACACAGUCUCCUCAAGCAACCAAAAGUCAAUCUUCAUCAUUGGGAUGAGGGGUGCUGGUAAGACCACUACAGGUGGAUGGGCUUCCCGUCUGCUCAACUGGCCCCUGAUUGAUCUCGACACCGAGUUGGAGAGAACUGCUGGUAUGACUAUUCCCGAUAUCAUCAAAGAGAAGGGCUGGGAGGGUUUCCGCGAGCUUGAACUCGCUCUCCUCAAGACCGUGAUGAAGGAGAAGCCUACUGGAUACAUUUUUGCUACUGGUGGUGGUAUCGUCGAGUCAGCCGAGGCUCGUGGUAUUCUCACGUCUUACCACAAGAACGGCGGCAACGUGCUUCUGGUAACCAGAGACAUCAACCUUGUCAUGAAUUUCUUGCAAAUUGACAAGACACGCCCAGCUUAUGUCGAAGACAUGAUGGGUGUGUGGCUCCGUAGAAAACCCUGGUACGAAGAGUGCAGCAACUUCCAUUACCACAGCCAGACAGUUGAAUCGAUGGAUGGCGCCAGGGCCAAGAACACAAUCGAGGACUUUGGUAGCUUCUUGAGAUUGCUCACUAAUCGUGAGUGUGCUCUGGAGCGUAUGAGGAGAAAGAGGGAGUCAUUCUUCGUCUCGCUGACACUCCCGACCGUCGCCCCAUUCUUGUCCCGCCUCAAUGAGAUCUCAUUCGGAGUUGAUGUUAUCGAGUUCCGUGCAGACCUUCUGCAGGACCCAUCUACACCUGAUGGACGCCCUAGCCCAGAGUUUCUUGUCGAACAACUUGCGGCUCUGCGAUCAGGCAGUUCCUUGCCUGUCAUCUUCACUCUCCGCACCAAGGCGCAGAGUGGACGCUUCCCUGACGGCGCUGACGAAGAGGCAAUCAAGCUCUACCGGGUCGCACUUCGCAUGGGCUGUGACUUUGUCGAUGUAGAGUUGACCUCGUCGCCGGAGCUUAAAGAGUUCGUCAUCUCGAACAAGCGUAACAGCAAAAUCAUCGCAUCCCAUCAUGAUCCUGCUGGUAAGCUUUCUUGGGCUACCGGAGGCAGUGCAUGGAUGCCUCACUACAACGCUGCGCUGGAAUACGGAGACAUCAUCAAGAUCGUCGGUACUGCAAAGUCGUUGGAGGACAAUUUCGCACUUGCAGAGUUCAAAGCUUGGGCUGCAAAGACUCACCCAGAAAUUCCGCUCAUUGCCCUUAACAUGGGCGAGCACGGCAAGCUCAGUCGCAUCACAAACCGCUUCAUGACUCCUGUCUCGUCCCCUGCUCUUCCCGUCAUUGCUGCUCCUGGCCAGCUUUCAGCUGCCGACAUCCGUCGUGGUCUUAGCUUGAUCGGCGAGAUCGAACCCAAGAAGUUCUAUCUCUUUGGUUCGCCUAUUUCCCAAAGCCGAAGCCCUGCCCUUCACAACGCCCUCUUUGCACAAUCGGGACUCCCGCACGAGUAUGGCCUGUUCGAGACUACCGUGGCAAAGGAGAUUGAGAAGCUGAUUCGUGCCCCCAACUUUGGUGGUGGCAGUGUGACAAUUCCACUCAAGCUAGAUGUCAUGGAAUUGCUCGACCAUGUUGACCCAGCCGCUAGAAUCAUUGGUGCCGUCAACACCAUUGUACCUACUCAGACCGCCGACGCCAAGACCAUCUUGACUGGCUACAACACAGACUGGCAGGGCAUGACUAUCGCGCUGCAGUUCGCUGGUGCCGAAGGUAACAAUGGCGCACUGAAGGAGGCGGCUAUGGUUAUCGGAGGUGGCGGCACUGCACGCGCCGCCAUCUAUGCCUUGCACAAGAUGGGCUACAGCCCUGUCUACCUGGUUGGCCGCAACACAGCCAAGCUGCAGGCACUGGCCGACGCUUUCGACGCUUUUUUCAAUAUCGAGGUCCUGAGUGAUACUGAGCAAGUCUCCAAGCUGUCACCUGACAGACACCCUGUCGUGGCCAUCGGUACCAUUCCCGGUGACUCACCCAUCGACCCUGCAAUGCGCGAGACGCUAUGCUCCUUGUUCGAGGCUGGCAACAACCCUCGGGACAUCCCUGGACCCGAUGACAAGACCAAGGUUCUUCUUGAGAUGGCCUACAAGCCGCGCGUGACAUCACUGAUGCAGCUCGCUGACAACAGUGGUUGGAAAACCGUCCCCGGCCUUGAGGCUCUGGUCGGACAGGGCGUGCACCAGGUAAGUAAUUGUUCUUAUGAACCACCAGACGCGUCUGCUAACACUUCUAUCANNCAGUUCAAACACUGGACCGACAUCACCCCCCUGUACGAUUUCUCCAGAAAGGCCGUGCUGGGUGAUGAGGCGUAA